CUGCAUCACGCACGGAUCAACCCACCAAAAUCAACACGCGAUAACUCCGCCACCAUAACUGAUAUCGAAAAGGUAAUUAUAGCAAUCGAUUCGCAAGGUCUGAAAGGUCCUUUAUCGCACCGCGCAGUUACAAAAAAUCUUAGUGUUGCGCCGUUAACGUUAACGCGCCGACAUCACCAACAAACCCACUCUCGUGCUGCUGCUGCUGCAGAACAACGACAAUUAAUCAGCCCACAAUAUAAAGUCGAGCUUGUCAGGUAUAUACAAAGACUAUUAGAGCUUGCUUUACUACCUACGAGAGCUAUAAUAAAAAAUAUAAUACUACUAUUACAAAAUAGGAGCCUUCUAAUGGCUAGGUAA